ACAGAAAUCAAGGGAAGGAAAAAGACAAAACGGCUGCGUAUGAUGACUCGCAUCGGGGAGAAACAAAACGACUCUCACUCAUACGUUAGUUAUAUCACUCUCAUGAUCAUCAUCGAACCAAACGCUUAAACCUCUUUUUCUCUUUCUCUUCUCUCAUCGUCGCUAAUCAUGGAGCCGCGUCUGCUGCUUCUACUUGUGUUCUUCAUCUACGGCGUUUCUCCGGUGAUAUCCGACGGCUCCGAUCACCGUUACAAGGUCGGUGACGAUGUCCCCCUUUACGCCAACAAAGUCGGCCCGUUUCACAAUCCGAGUGAAACAUACCGAUACUUUGAUUUACCAUUUUGUUCUUCAGCUCCUGUUAAGGAAAAGAAGGAAGCUCUCGGUGAAGUUCUCAAUGGAGAUCGGUUAGUCACUGCUCCUUACAGACUUGAGUUUUUGGGUGAGAAGGACUCUCAAGUCGCGUGCAGAAAGAGGUUGAGUAGAGAAGACGUUGCUCAGUUCCGAAAUGUGAUCUCCAAAGACUACUACUUUCAGAUGUAUUACGAUGACUUGCCCAUCUGGGGUUUCCUGGGGAAAGUUGUCAAGGACGUGGACGGCAAAUCUGACCCGUCCGAGUACAAAUAUUAUCUCUUCAAUCACCUGCAGUUUGAGAUUUUCUACAACAAGGACCGUGUUAUUGAGAUUAUUGUGAAAACUGACCAGAGCUUCCUUGUGGACUUGACUGAGGACAAGGAAGUCGAAGUUGAUUUCACUUACACAGUUCGGUGGAAGGAAACAGAAAUUCCUUUCGAGAAGAGGAUGGAGAAAUACUCGCUCGCUUCUUCAAUGCCACAUCACUUGGAGAUCCAUUGGUUCUCGAUUAUUAACUCAUGUGUCACUGUUCUUCUCUUGACUGGUUUCCUUGCAACGAUUCUCAUGAGAGUCUUGAAGAAUGAUUUUGUUAAGUAUUCACAUGAUGAAGAGGCCGCUGAUGACCAAGAAGAGACUGGGUGGAAAUUGCUCCAUGGUGAUGUAUUUAGGUUCCCAAAACACAAAUCCCUGCUGGCUGCAGCCCUUGGUUCUGGCACACAACUGUUUACACUGGCUGUUUUCAUAUUUAUGCUUGCAUUAGUCGGUGUCUUUUAUCCUUACAACCGUGGAGCAUUGUUUACUGCAUUGGUUGUCAUAUAUGCACUCACUUCAGGGAUUGCCGGAUAUACUGCUUCUUCUUUCUAUUGCCAGCUCGAAGGAACUAACUGGGUUAGGAAUGUUAUGGUGACUGGAAGCCUUUUCUGUGGACCUCUUUUACUCACUUUCUCCUUCCUUAAUACCGUUGCGAUUGCUUACCAAGCCACUGCAGCGUUGCCUUUCGGGACAAUUGUUGUUAUUUUCCUCAUAUGGGCACUGGUUACCUCUCCACUGUUAAUAUUGGGAGGUAUCGCCGGGAAGAAUAGAAAAUCCGAGUUUCAAGCUCCUUGCCGUACCACAAAAUACCCAAGAGAGAUCCCACCGAUGCGCUGGUACAGAAGAACACUUCCGCAGAUGGCUAUGGCUGGUUUUUUGCCGUUCAGUGCCAUUUACAUCGAGCUCUACUACAUAUUUGCGAGUGUUUGGGGUCACAGAAUAUACACCAUCUAUAGCAUUCUGUCUAUCGUCUUCCUCAUUCUCGUCAUAGUCACUGCUUUCAUCACGGUUGCAUUAACAUACUUCCAGCUUGCUGCCGAAGACCAUGAGUGGUGGUGGAGAUCAUUGCUAUGCGGGGGAUCAACAGGCGUAUUCGUAUACGCAUACUGCUUGUAUUACUACUAUGCAAGAUCGGAUAUGACAGGGUUCAUGCAGACCUCAUUCUUCUUCGGCUACAUGGCAUGCAUUUGUUACGGAUUCUUCCUUAUGCUCGGGGCAGUUGGAUUCCGUGCAUCCCUUUUCUUUGUCCGUCACAUCUACCGCUCCAUAAAGUGCGAAUAAGAAUUGAAGAUUCUUCAUCUCUUUUAAGUACUCCUCUCUACUGGUGUAGCGAUGUUGGAUGCGGCCGAGGGCCAUCGAUCCUGUGAAGUUGUCCAGUUUUUUUUUUUUUUUGAGGUAAUUUUCAUUUUCUUAUCUUUUGUUUAUGUUGUAUUCUCUCUUGUGGGAUCUUGUCCUUGAGAAUGAUAGUGAGACGGUAAGAAAGAACAUUUCAAGGUUCACUUGGAUUUGUAGAUUGAUCGACAUACAAGUUGCCCAUUCAUGCACAUCUGCAGUCAAUUGCUAUUAUAAUGAUGAUCGCUAUUCUCUA